AUGGCAAGAUUGUGCACCGUUCUGCUGCUGGUAGUUACCGCGUUGGCGCCAACGCGGGGCGACACGCGCAAACACUUCCACAGCCGCUAUUCGAGCAGCGUAACGGGCGCGACCCGUGCGGACGUUUCGAGCCGAUCGAGCAGCGGUGCGUACAUGAGAACGGUACCGUUGCGAUUGCUCAACUGUCUCGAGCACGUUUCGCUCGUCGACUGUGGCAAGCUGUACCUGGUGCAGAAUAUGGAGGCACGGUCGUACCGAUUCGCCAACACCGGCAACAUUACGCACGACGUGCAGGCGGUACUGCUGCCCAGCUAUCGGAGCGCGGACAAUAAACUCUUCAGCGAUCAGCUGCUCGCGCUGAACGGGAGCGAUGUGAAUGAGCGGCUGGCCCGGGGCCUGCGGUUGCUGUUCAACGAGCGCAUCAUCGAUCUGCAGCUGGUGCCCGGUGUCGCCGUCCGCCUAACGCCCAGCGCCACGAACCAGCUCGAAUUUUCCGUCCGCAAGGGCAUUACGGCCGUCGAGCCGGAGAUCGCUGGCCGGGGCAAGGAGAAGAAAGGUAUCCGGACGGUGCUGCAGCUGAGUGUGCCGCUCGUGCUGCUGCCCUCGAUGUUGCUGGCCGGCGUCCUACCGAUGAUACUGCCCGUCCUGAAGUUUGCGACCAUCUUCUCGAGCAUUGUGAACCAUGCGGCCCUGGCCGCCGCCAUCAUGUACCUGGCGAAGCAGCAUGCCGCUGAACAGGAAAGCAAGCAAACGGUGUACUUCAACGCCGGCUACAACUGA